AUGGCCAGUAGUGUCUCCUGGCGCUUCCUGGUCAUUGGUGUCCCCUUCAAACAGCUGCUGUGUUCGGGGGGCCCUGCAGCCUCGUCCUUGGUGGCCCUGCCAUCUCCUGGCUGCUGCAGCCCUCCCCACACCCGUCCAACCACCCCGCACAUCUGCCGCAAGUCUCCUGCCUCUCCUGCUCUUCCUUCCCUGGGACUCAAAGACACAGAGGAGAGUUGGGACCUGGUGCAACAAACACAAAACUACCUGAAACUGCUGCUUUCCAUAAUUAACAAUGACGACGACAGCGGGCUGCUGGUGCACUGUAUCUCAGGCUGGGACCGGACCCCCCUCUUCAUCUCUCUCCUGCGCCUUUCCUUGUGGGCUGACGGGCUCAUCCACGCGUCCCUGAAGCCUGCUGAGAUCCUCUACCUCACAGUGGCCUACGACUGGUUCCUCUUUGGGCACAUGUUGGUAGAUCGACUCAGCAAAGGAGAGGAGAUUUUUUUCUUCUGCUUCAAUUUUUUGAAGCAUAUCAUCUCUGAAGAGUUCUCUGCUCUGAAGACACAGAGGAGGAAGAGUUUGCCAGCUCGGGAUACAGGCUUCACCGUGGAAGAUAUCUGCAUGCUGAGGCGGAAGGACCGUGGCAGCACCACCAGCCUUGGCAGUGACUUCUCUCUGGUCAUGGAGAGCUCCCCAGGAGCCGCCGGGAGCUUCACCUAUGAGACUGUGGAGCUGGUCCCUGCAGGAGCACAGACUCAGGCAGCUUGGAGGAAGAGCCACUCCUCCUCUCCACAGAGCAUGCUCUGGAACCGGCCACAGCCCUCCGAGGACCGCCUGCCUCCCCACCAGGGUCUGGUGGAAGCCAAGUCCUCCAGCUCCUCAUCCUCGAACCAUUCUGACAACUUUUUCAGGAUGGGUAGCAGUCCCCUGGAGGUCCCCAAGCCCAGAUCAGUGGACCAUCCCCUGCCCGGAUCCCCUCUCUCCACAGACUUUGGCAGCUGGCAGAUGGUAACAGGCUGUGGCAGUAUUCAGGAACGGGCUGUCCUGCACACAGACUCCUCUCUCCCUUUCAGCUUCCCGGAUGAGCUCCCUAACAAUUGUCUACUUACAGCCCUGAGUGAACGAGAGACCCGGCUACAGGAGGUGCGCUCAGCCUUCUUGGCUGCAUAUAGCAGCACAGUGGGGCUUCGCGCAGCAGCCCCCAGUCCCUCUGGUGCCAUCGGUGGCCUGCUGGAGCAGUUUGUCCGUGGUGUUGGACUCCGGGGCACCAGCAGCAGCACCUUAUGAAGCAGCCAGCCCACGACAGCUUCCUGAUCCUCUCUCACCUGAGCGGAAUCAAAGCCAUGCCCAGCCAAGGGGUGCUUCAAGGUCGGGGGGGAACGUCCCUUCACCAUCAUGCACACGGCAGCCCCGAAGCUGAGCAGGACCGAGGACGGGGUUCUCCCACCCCCAGCUUCCUGACUGGUGUCUGCCGACCCACUUGUCACUGCCUCCCACCCUUGUUAGUCUUUGCCAGGAUUCCUGUCAACUCUCAGAACUGUGUAGCAUUUCCCUGGAGUCUUGGGGGAGGCUGAGACUUCACAAAAGACCUCCAGUUUCCAUUCUUGUGUCCUGGGGAGGAGGGCUCACCUGCACUGAAAAUGAGGCAGUUUAACACAGAUCACAAAAUGAAAUCAAAGUCUUUUUGAACAGCUAC